AUGGCUACCACAACAAGCCUCAACCCGGCCUCCCGGCCUUCCAUCGCCUCCGUCCUGCCACCUCUCUUCCUAGGCACAGCAACAUUCAACACCCAGCAUGUAAAGGACCCGCUGCAGAUGCCGUACAGGCAAAUCGUCUCAAGGGCACUAGAGCUCGGCGUCAACGGCUUCGACACAUCGCCGUACUACGGCCCCUCAGAGGUCCUCCUCGGUGACGCCCUGGCUGCCCACACCGCAGCCACCAACAUCCCCAGAGAGUCCUACGUGCUGGUCACAAAGGCAGGCCGCAUCGCCGGCAACGAGUUUGACUACUCGCCGGCGUACGUGCGCUACUCUGUCCUCCGCUCCCUCAGCCGCCUCAACACGACCUACCUCGACCUCGUGUACAUGCACGACGUCGAGUUUGUCUCCCCCGCAGAAGUCCUUGCCGCCGUGCAGACGUUAAGACAGCUUCGCGAUGAGGGCAAGAUCCGCUAUGUCGGUAUCAGUGGUUUCCCCGUCCACGUCCUUUGCAGUCUGGCUGAGAUGAUCCUCGCCGAGACUGGUGAGGCCCUUGAUGCAAUCCUGAGCUACGGGCACUUCACCAUCCAGAACCCCACGCUCGGCCUCGCAGAGGUUGACGCCGGACCCGACCACACCGAUGAGCAGAGCCCGCUGCGGAGAUUCCGCAAUGCCGGCGUGCAGGUCGUGCUGAACGCCAGCAUGCUCGGCAUGGGUCUUCUCACAUCCACAGGCGUUCCCGCGCGGACGGAGACUGCAGAGGGUAAGGCCGGCGUUAUCGCGUCGUGGCACCCCGCACCGGAUGAUCUGCGCUCGGCAUGCCAGAAGCUCUCGACCAUCGCCAGCGAUGCCGGCGAACGCCUGGAGACUGUGGCGCUUCACUGGUCAAUGGAGGAGUACGCCCGCGUCGGCGCCGCAGCUGGUCUCGGCGUGCAGCUGCCGGGCCAGACCGGCGACGUGCGCGUCGGAGGCAGCGUCAUGGGCGUCACCAGCACCGCGGAGCUCGAGCAGACUGUCGAGUCGUGGAAGCUUGUGCUCCAGGGUCUUGCUGCUGGCAGCGAGGCUUCGGCGCGGUAUGAGAAGCUCAAGGCCCUCGUGGAGCAGAAGAUGUGGCCCGAGUUGGGCGUGUGGAAGGGCUACAGCUGGGCGAGCCCCGAUGAGGGCUUUCAGAAUGAGAGGAGCGCGGAUAAGUUUGGCUUGAUCCCGAAGGAGGAUGAACUGAUGACCAACUUCAUGACUAGAAUUUCCAGCAAUUUGUGA